UCUCCUUGCUUUCCACCAUUCGGUCCAAUUCGGCCCUUUCCUUUCCCUCCUUUUCCUUCCCUUUCAUUCUCUAUGUGGCUCUAAAGUCCUCUCUCUCACUGCUCCUUCCUAGCUACUUCCUCUCUACCCUCAAAAUACUUUUUCAUCUCUCCUUUUUUUUAUUUUGUUCUUCUUAAUAAUAAUACUUAUAGUCAUUAUUUUCUUUCCUUCCUUCUAUCUUUCAGUCCAUGUGAUCAAAUUGAUAGGAUUAGAGAGAUGGUUGCGGAGUCUUGGUUUCGUGGUCUGUGGAAGAUUCCACGAAAGCAUGAAUCUGGUACUGAGAAAGUGGUGAUUGGAGUAUUGGCCUUUGAAGUUGCUAGCUUGAUGUCUAAGCUAGUUCAUUUAUGGCAAUCUUUGAGUGAUAAACAAGUUUCUAGGUUAAGAGAGGAGAUAUCAAAUUCAGUAGGUAUAAAAAAGCUUAUAUCAGAGGAUGAUGAUUUCAUUGUCGGUUUGAUUUGUGCAGAAUUGAUUGAAAAUAUGGUACAUGUGGCUAAAUCCGUAAUCAGAUUGGGGAAGAAAUGUUCUGAACCCAGUCUCAAGAGUUUUGAGCAUGUUUUUGAUGAAUUGAUCAAGUUUGGUGCUGACCCAUAUGGGUGGGAAUUUUCAGAUAAGAAGAUGGAUAAGAAAGUUAAGAAGAUGGAGCAUUUCAUUUCAGUCAAUGCUUCUUUAUAUCAAGAAAUGGAAAUGCUUGCAGAUCUGGAACAGACUGUGAAGAGAAUGAAGGGUAAUGAUCCUGAGCCAGAAAAUUUACUUGAUUAUCAGAAGAAGCUUGUGUGGAAGCAGCAGGAAGUGAAGAAUCUAAGAGAGAUAUCACUUUGGAAUAGAACUUAUGAUUAUACGGUUCGCCUUUUAGUUAGAUCAUUGUUCACAAUUUUCAGUAGAAUCAAUCAUGCCUUUGGCUUUAAUGUGAUGGUUACCAGCGGGCAUUCGAAAAAUUUGGAUUCUGAUUUUAUUUAUCGCAGUCAGUCAGUAUCUGCACUGCUGCAGUCUUCAGUUCAUCCAUCUGAGAGCAGUAGCAUUCCUAGAUUUUCUUCUGGCCCUCUUGGUGGAUUUAUUGCAAAAUCAGGUCCCAUUUCAAAACCAAAACAAACCAAUAAUUUCUAUUCGGGUCCUCUUGGUGGUCCAACAGCAAAAUCAGGCCCUCUUUCUGGAAAGAAUAGGAAUUUGAACUUUUUCUCAGGCCCCCUCGGAAUGCCAACAACGAAGUCGGGCCCACUUGCCAGAAUAACUAAAAGCAGCAAGAAGAUGUGGCAGACUACUCAAUCACCCUCGCUUCAGGGAAAAAAACCGCCUUCAAAACCAAAUAGGUUGACUCAAGUUGGACCUUUUAAAGGGUGCAUGGUAGCUACAAACAAAUCACCUGUUGCUAAUUGCUACUUAAGUUCAACUCUCGUUCAUUCAGGAAUUCUUAAUGAAGCCAGGGAAAAUAACACUGCCGGGCUUUCUCAAGGCACUGUGGCUCAUACUGCACCAUCAAUUUUCAAUUCCCAUUUCAAGCUGUUGAAAGCUCUUCCUGACACUCUUGGUGCUGCUGCUUUGGCACUGCACUAUGCAAAUGUUAUUAGUGUAAUUGAAAAGCUAGCUGCAUCUCCUCACUUAAUUGGUCAUGAUGCGAGAGAUGAUUUAUACAAUAUGUUACCUGCAAAUGUAAGAACUGCAGUAAGAGCAAGGCUAAAACCAUACUCUAAAAACCUGACUUCAUCAGUUUAUGAUACUACUCUUGCAGAAGAAUGGACUACGGCAAUGGCAACAAUACUAGAAUGGCUGGCUCCACUUGCUCAUAACAUGAUAAGAUGGCAAUCAGAGCGAAGUUUUGAGCAGCAGAAUUUUGUUUCUAGGACAAAUGUGCUCCUCGCACAGACACUUUUCUUUGCAAAUCAGGAGAAGACAGAAGCAGCAAUAACUGAGCUUCUGGUUGGUCUCAAUUAUGUUUGGAGAUUCAAGAGAGAACUCAAUGCAAAAGCUUUGCAGGAGUGUGCUAGCGGUAGAGUUUUCGAUGAAUUUUUGGAGCUUGACAAGUAACAAUGUCAUCGAGGCUGUGACAAUAGCAUUUGCCAUAAUGGUCCCAUUUUACCCCAAAAUUGACUGGAUUUGAGGUUUAUAUAUUGCAGGUUCAUCAUCCGUGCUUCUCAAUUCUAUUAAACAUUGUUCAUUUGCUGGGUGAAGAGAUUGAAACUGUGAUUUCUCUCUGGAAUAUCCUACACCGAAAGGCAGGUUUAUGAGUUCGAGGUAUAGUUUGAGCUUCCAAACUCUAGUUUUACAUUUCCCUUUGUGAGUGGAGAUUUUAUUUCCCUCUUUUUUAGCCACUGAAAAGCAGUGGUUCCUCUGUCUUAUUCCUCGUGAAGUUAGUCUAGUUUUAUUAAUUUAGCUGGUAUUCGAUGAUUUGUGUAUAUUUAUUAGCGAGAUCUAUCUAUAUUAAUUGUAAAUUUACCAUAUAAGGUUUUAAAUUCAAACAUGAUGAUUGAGCAUAUCCUUUC